UCGAGGCGUUCGGAACACGGGUAGAAAACGGGAAAAGCGACGAAAGCUUCGAACACGAGCGUAUACGUAUUUUUCGCAUUCACAAUCGCGUAUUCGCAUAUCCGUGUUUGCUGUUUGCCAGCGCGUGUGUACCACUGUGUGUGUGAGUGGGUGUAGUUGUGUUGGUGCGACGGCCACACGCGCAACGAAAGCGAAAGUUUUGUUUGGCGCGCGUGUUGCCAUUGGCGUCUGCGAAUUUGCCUCCACCUAGAAUAGAUUAAAAGCGUGUGAAAACAAAUAAAAAAAUCAAGUAAAAAAAUAAGAUAAUGCUCAUUAUUCCCAAUGAGGCUGCAUUAAAUUAAGGGAAUCUAGAGCGGAAGAAACACGACAUCAACAUCAUUCCUGCAAAUACCCGUGUGAACACACGCUGCCAAAAAAAAACAACAACAACAAAAGACGAACCAAAAAGAUGGCGCCCACCAUAUGUUCGGAGAAGAAGCAGUUGCGCGAAACGAGGCGACAUCAUGGCGUGGCCACAGCCGCCAUUUCAUCCUCCACCGCUGCCACCGCAUCCUCCAGUUCCUCCUCCUCGUCAUCAACCGCAGGAUCCACAUCUGCAGCUGCCGCCACACAAGCCAGUUCGGUGCUUAACUUUGUGGCCAAGGGUUCGAUGAACUCGUCGAGUCGUCGACGCGCGGUGAGAUUUCAAAGGAAACCGCCGCAUGUCCUGACCCGAGGGGUGUCCUCCUCCACGGACACGAGCAGCGGGGUGGAGACGGAGAUGGAGAUGGAGGGGGACUCCGGGCAGGGGAUGCAGCUGGAGGGGAACAGCUACUCGGAUGACAGGAUCCAAUUUCUGCCGCAACAGCCACAUUCCAGCAGCGAUGACAACAUCAAGACAGUAUUACAGCCGACAUCGGCCAGUGGAUAUAGUAGCAAACACAAUCGAUCGGCGGGGGCCAAAAACUGUGAUCAGGAUCAGGUGCCAAACCAGGUGAGCGUCGACGACGGCGACAGUGGGUACGAGUACAGUCAGGAUCCGGUAAAGGAGCAACACCUUUACCACCAAAACAGCGAGGGUCUUCUGUCCAUUGCCAUCAAGACCAUCAAGCUGGUGCAGCGCAACAAGCUGCUUCAGAAGCGACUGGCCCAGCUCCAGCUGGAGACCUCGGAGUUCAUUGCCUCGGUGCUGGCCAACCCGGAGAACCGCCACUUCCGGGAGAAAAUCUCGCCCAAGGCGGAGGCCAAGGUCAGCAACAUGCUGCUCCGCCACUGAACGGCCGAUUUUCUUUUUGAUCUGGAAAAACCGAAACAAAAGUUACCCUUUCCUGGACGUGGGAGAGUGUUGAAAUUUGAAACCGAAAUGCAGUUUUUAGGGAAUAUUAUUUACCUAGAGAUGGAAUACAUUCAGCACAAGCUAGUUAGCAACAUGUUGCAGCAACAUUGAAAGACCGUAAAAUAAUAUUGCCUACUUAUGGGCUGCGCAGGCAAAAUGCCUCACAAAAUGGAAAAUUUAGGUAAAACCAUAUCGAAAUAUAACAUAUAUUUUUUAAAUUAUGUAUCCGCCCGAACUUCUAGUUGGUAAUGCAACUUAAUUACCUUCCCAAAAUUCCACAACAUAAAUUUUGUUAAUUUAUUAUUAGCAAAAACAUUUCCAACUGAAAUUUAGGCUAAAAUAUAUUUUUAUUUUAUUUAUUUAAAUAUUAUACCCAUUUUUUAUACAAGUAAUAAAUUAUCAAAAAUUUAAAUUUCCAUCACAAAAAAGGUAAACACAUUUUUUCCACGCCCAGAGAAACCAUUUUUAGGGAACUUUGUUUCGGAAAAUUCGUACUGAUUAACUUUAUGAAAAAUGCAUCAAAGCUUAACAAUUUAAAUAUACAACAUACAUACAAAAUCGCUAUGCUAACAUUUACAAAAGAAAACAUAUUUAUAUAAAUCCAAAAGUCCAAAAGUGUAUCUGUAGUCGUUAAGUAUAAUACAUUUUAUGUUUUACAGUUUCUACACUCAAGAAUUAAUUUAUAAUAAAUCUAACUACUACAUAUAUCUAGAUAAACAAACCAGGCAUAAUCAAUGAAACCCUACGACGCUUUUCGCUUUAUACAACAAAUAGUUAUAGUGUAACUUGAUUGACAUGCAAAGCAAUUGGUUUAAAAAAAAAUACGUAAAUCAUUUCGGUCUGAAGUAAUGAAACCGAAAACUUUUAAUAAAUAUGCCUAAGUAUCUAUGAACUAUCAAAAUGCUACUAAGCAAAGCAAAUCAAAGCAAAACCAAAAUGUAAUUACCCUCAAAAACAAAUCUUUCCAAUUCUAAAACUUUUAAUCAACUCAACGUAACUGGCAUUUCCACAAAUUAAAAAAAAAAAUAUCAACUCAUAAAAUCCACCACAAAAGAUUUCAUCAAUAAAAUUAAUAAGGAUUAAACAUA